AUGACGACGUACUCAAUACGGUUGGACGACGUGGACCUGGCUCUGCUGCCCCUGCGCACCCAUAACAACGACUUCCUGAAGAAGGAGCACUUCCACUUCCAAGUCAUCAAGGAGUGCACAGAAGUUCCAGAACUGUCAGACGUUAGCUACACAUGCCACAUAUGCGCCAUCGACGUGCCGGCCGCGUUCGCUCGCGAGCACAACGCGAGCGUCAAGCAUCAAACGAACGCGCGCAUCGCUCGCGUGGCCUCGCUGCGCGCGCACGCGCUCAUCUCCGCGCUCCCCCCACCCCUCGCCGCGCAGACUGGGCGCUUCUGCACAAACUGCGCGGCAGUCGUUGAUGAAGACCAUGAAAAGACAAAAGAACAUCGAGUCGCUGUGAUGCAUGAUAACCUGCUCUGUGAGCUGAUGAAAGCAUACGUUGGUGAUGAUGAUGAAUCAGAUCAUAAUGCUGAUAACAAGGUUGAUAAAAUAGGAAUUAGUGGUAAGAAAGAUGAAAAAGACUUUAAAAUUGUUGAAGAGAAUAAUAAUAUUAAUGACGCCGUCGUAACUCCAACGUCAAAACUCCAAUCAGAAGCUAGCAUAGAUAAUGUAGUAAGAAAAGUCAAUGCAAAUUGUACCACCAAUGAUACAGGCUCAGAAAGUAAAGAUGAAGAUUUUAGUAAAGUAGAUACUCCUAAAAAUAACAUGAACACCAACAAAAAUGAAAAUAAUCCACCUGCAAAUUCAGUUUUGCCUACAUCAAGCGGUUGGAUUAAAACUAAAACACUUCCUCAAACUAAAGAUGUGACAGAAAAUGGACCAGCUCAAAAUGAGCCUAGUACCUCGACGAAAACCGGAAAAGAAACUGUGGAACAGAAAGCAAAAUCAGCAAGGGAGCCCUACGAGAAAGAGCUGCGCAAAUUUAUGGACACUAAAAACCAAUUCCAAAUUAAAGAAUCGUAUUCCAGAGUACAUAUAAAGAUAAAUGACGACACUGUUAACGUUUAUAGUGAUCAUUUCCACAGCUUUCACAGAGUGUACAGAAAUGGUGACAUUGAAUGCAUAGUUUGCGAUAGCACUUUCAAUGAAAAAGAUUCUGAAGCACACAAAUACAGUCUGGAUCACAUGAGUGGUGUUGUUAAAAUUGGAAAUGACGGAGAAUAUGUGAGAAAGGUAAACGAAGCAUACAGCCACUGCAUUCUGUGCAACCAGAAGAUCAACAACCUAAACGUAACAAAACACAAGCAAUCACAUCAUCACAAUUUACGAAAAACAAACAAUAUCAGAAGCGGCAAACCGAAAGAAGCGGCUACGGCCGAAAGAAACAACGAAAACACAAGUAAAACGACCACAACUGAAAGAAAUGAUAAAAAUAAUGUAACAGUUGAUGUAAAUGAGCCUUAUGAAGAAAUAAAAGGAGAACUGCGGUGUCUGGUAUGCGAAUGCAGAGUACCAAAGGAUGUACGCAAUAGAGAAGACCAUUUAAAAGGAUUUAGACACUUGAAUAACCUGAAAUUGAAGUCUCUGCUGUAA